GAACCACAAACAAAAUGAUUUGGACAGUUCGAUUUUCACUAUCGUUACUCGUAGUGAUCUGGUCUCAGAGCAUAUACGCUCUCGGUCAGUCACCAUGGCAAAGCGCAAGCAUGGCCGAAAGCUUCAUGACUUACUUUUCUGCUGCUUUAGGACAAUCAGGAGCAUUUACAAAUGAACAGAUGGAUGAUAUAGAUACGAUUGCCUCAUCUAUAAAAAUGGGUGUAGAUAAAAUGGAAAGAAGCGGAAAGACUUCCCAAAACAAACUGCAGGCAAUGAACAUGGCCUUCGCAUCAGCAGUGGCAGACAUAGCCAUAGCAGAAGGAGGAGGACAGAGCGCUCAAAUAAAAACUAAUGCUAUAGCCGACGCAUUAGCAUCUGCAUUCCUUCAGACGACUGGUGAAGUUAACAACCAGUUCAUAAAUGAAAUAAGAGGCUUAAUUUCUAUGUUCGCUCAGGCAAAUAGCAUAUCCUCGUCAUCAGCAUCGGCUAGCGCAUCAGCCGCAGCUGCCGCUAGUGGAUCUGGCGGUGCUGGGCAAGGAUUUAGAGCCGGAUUAGGAGGUGCAGGAGGAGCUGGAGCAGCCAGUGCCGCUGCAACCGCUGGCGGUCAAGGAGGACGAGGCGGAUUUGGCGGAUUAGGUUCUCAAGGAGCAGGUGGUGCCGGUCAAGGAGGAUCUAGUGCCGCGGCUGCUGCAGCUGUAGCCGGUGGGGAUGGCGGUGCAGGACGAGGAGGUUUUGGGGGUGGACUAGGUUUUGGAGCCGGUUUAGGAGGUGCAGGUGGAGCUGGAGCAGCCAGUGCCGCUGCAGCCGCUGGCGGUCAAGGAGGACGAGGCGGAUUUCGCGGAUUAGGUUCUCAAGGAGCAGGUGGUGCCGAUCAAGGAGGAGCAGGAGCCGCAGCUGCUGCAGCUGCAGCCGGUGGAGAUGGCGGUUCUGGAUUAGGAGGCUAUGGGGCGGGACGAGGAUAUGGAGCCGGUUUAGGAGGUGCAGGUGGAGCUGGAGCAGCCAGUGCCGCAGCAGCCGCUGGCGGUCAAGGAGGACGAGGCGGAUUUGGCGGAUUAGGUUCUGAAGGAGCAGGUGGUGCCGGUCAAGGAGGAUCGGGAGCCGCAGCCGCUGCUGCUGCAGCUGGUGGAGAUGGCGGUUCUGGAUUAGGAGGCUAUGGGGCGGGACGAGGAUAUGGAGCCGGUUUAGGAGGUGCAGGUGGAGCUGGAGCAGCCAGUGCCGCUGCAGCCGCUGGCGGUCAAGGAGGACGAGGCGGAUUUGGCGGAUUAGGU